AUGGAAAAGCUACAUGAAGUUCAUCCUAAAGUCAGACGAUCUGGACAGUACAGAAGUAUGGAAGAGGAGUACUUUUUGCCAACAGUUUUGAGCAAGGAUUCCUGUUCUACCUGGGGUGGAGGGCAUUUUUCAACCUUUGAUAAAUACCAGUAUGACUUCACUGGGACCUGCAACUAUAUCUUUGCAACUGUAUGUGAUGAAACCAGCCCAGACUUCAACAUUCAGUUCCGCCGUGGGAUGGACAAAAAAAUUGCAAGGAUCAUUAUUGAGCUGGGACCUUCUGUUGUCAUUGUUGAGAAAGGCAGCAUUUCUGUCAGGAGUGUUGGUGUCAUUAAGUUGCCUUACACCAGCAAUGGAAUUCAAAUAGCACCUUAUGGAUGCAACAUUCGUCUGGUGGCCAAGCUGAGGGAGAUGGAGCUAGUUGUCAUGUGGAACAAUGCUGACUAUCUCAUGGUUUUGACUGAAAAAAAAUACAUGGGGAAAACCUGUGGAAUGUGUGGAAAUUAUGAUGGUUAUGAAUUGAAUGAAUUUGUGAGUGAAGGUAAAUUGCUGGAUACAUAUAAAUUUGCUGCAUUACAAAAAAUGGAUGAUCCAUCAGAGAUCUGCCUGUCUGAGGAGAUACCAAUUUCCAUCAUUCCUCACAAAAAAUAUGCCAUUAUCUGCUCUCAGCUACUUAACUUGGUGUCACCAACCUGCAGUGUGCCAAAGGAUGGGUUUGUCAUUCGUUGCCAGCUUGAUAUGCAGGACUGCAGUGAGCCAGGACAAAACAAUUGCACUUGCUCUACGCUGUCAGAGUAUUCAAGGCAAUGUGCUAUGUCCCAUCAAAUGGUGUUCAACUGGAGAACUGAAAACUUCUGCUCUGUGGGAAAAUGUUCUGCUAACCAAAUCUAUGAGGAAUGUGGUUCUCCAUGUAUUAAAACCUGUUCCAACCCAGAGUACAGCUGUUCCAGUCACUGUACCUAUGGUUGCUUUUGUCCAGAAGGAACUGUUCUGGAUGACAUCUCAAAGAAUCGAACAUGUGUUCACAUUGGGCAGUGUCCAUGUACGUUGAAUGGGAAAACAUAUGCUCCUGGUGAGACAAUGAAAGCAGCUUGCAGGACCUGUAAAUGUACAAUGGGUCAAUGGAACUGCAAAGACUUGCCCUGCCCUGGAAGGUGUUCACUGGAAGGAGGCUCGUUUGUUACCACGUUUGAUUCUAGAUCAUACAGGUUCCACGGGGUUUGCACUUACGUUCUUAUGAAGAGUUCCAGCCUGCCACACAAUGGAACCCUAAUGGCUGUAUAUGAAAAGUCUGGUUAUUCUAAUUCUGAGACAUCACUCAGUGCUGUAAUUUACCUAUCUACAAAGGACAAAAUUGUGAUUUCUCAGAGUGAACUCCUUACUGAUGAUGAUGAACUUAAGCGCCUACCUUACAGAUCAGGAGACAUCACUAUUUUCAGACAGUCCUCGAUGUACAUUCAGAUGUAUACAACCUUCGGGCUGGAACUUGUAGUUCAGACUUCACCUGUGUUCCAGGCCUAUGUGAAAGUUGGAUCACAAUUCAAAGGCAGAACCCUAGGUUUGUGUGGUAAUUACAAUGGAGACACUACAGAUGACUUCAUGACUAGCAUGGAUAUCACUGAAGGGACAGCCUCCCUGUUUGUAGAUUCCUGGAGGGCAGGAAAUUGCCAUCCUGCUUUAGAGAGAGAUACUGACCCUUGUGCUUUGAGUCAACUAAACAAAAUAUCUGCUGAGACUCAUUGCUCUAUUCUUACCAAGAAGGGUACAGUGUUCGAGAAAUGCCAUGCUGUGGUGAACCCUAUUCCUUUCUACAAGAGAUGUGUCUACCAAGCCUGUAAUUACGAAGAGACCUUUCCUUAUAUUUGUUCUGCUCUGGGAUCAUAUGCACGAACAUGCAGUUCAAUGGGUUUAAUCCUCGAGGACUGGAGAAACAGUAUGGACAAUUGUACCAUUACAUGUACUGGCAAUCAAACAUUCAGCUACAACACUCAGGCAUGUGACAGGACAUGCUUGUCACUCUCCAACCGAGCCCUGGAAUGUCAUCCAACUGACAUCCCUAUUGAAGGCUGUCAUUGUCCUGAAGGAAUGUACUUGAACCACAAGAAUGAGUGUGUUCGUAAAUCUCAUUGUCCCUGCUAUUUAGAAGAUAGAAAAUACAUCUUGCCUGACCAGUCAACAGUCACUGGUGGGAUUACAUGCUACUGCGUUAAUGGGAGGCUAAGUUGCACAGGCAAACCUCAAAAUCCUGCAGAAAGCUGCAAAGCUCCUAAGAAAUAUGUAUCAUGUUCUGACAGUUCAGAAAACAAGUAUGGAGCUGCAUGUGCACCUACCUGUCAGAUGCUGGCUACUGGAAUUGAAUGUAUACCCACUAAAUGUGAAUCAGGCUGUGUCUGUGCUGAUGGGCUAUAUGAAAAUCUCGAUGGCAGGUGUGUUCCAGCUGAGGAGUGUCCGUGUGAAUACGGUGGUCUUGCUUAUGGAAAAGGUGAACAGAUCCAAACUGAAUGCGAGAUCUGCACUUGCACAAAAGGCAAAUGGAAAUGCGUUCAGAAAUCAAAGUGUUCCUCAACGUGUAAUCUGUAUGGAGAAGGCCACAUCACCACUUUUGAUGGACAGCGUUUUGUGUUUGAUGGCAACUGUGAAUACAUAUUAGCUAUGGAUGGCUGCAGUGUUAAUAGACCUGUUUCCUCUUUCAAAAUUGUUACUGAGAAUGUAAUCUGUGGGAAAUCAGGGGUUACAUGCUCCAGAUCCAUCAGCAUUUACCUUGGGAAUUUGACAUUCAUACUGAGAGAUGAAACCUUCACUGUUUCUGGGGAGAAUCCUGGAGUACGAUAUAAAGUGAAAAAGAAUGCCCUUCACCUGAUGUUUGAUAUCAUUAUCCCAGGAAAAUACAACAUGACCCUUAUCUGGAAUAAGCACAUGAACUUCUUCAUCAAGAUCUCCAGAGAAACACAGGAAACUAUAUGCGGUUUGUGUGGGAACUAUAAUGGCAAUAUGAAGGAUGAUUUUGAAACUCGAAGCAAGUAUGUGGCAUCAAAUGAAUUGGAAUUUGUCAAUUCUUGGAAAGAGAAUCCUCUCUGUGGGGAUGUAUACUUUGUAGUGGACCCCUGUAGCAAGAACCCUUAUCGUAAAGCAUGGGCAGAAAAGACAUGUUCCAUCAUCAACAGCCAAGUCUUUUCUGCCUGUCACAAUAAGGUGAAUCGUAUGCCUUAUUAUGAGGCCUGUGUUCGAGACUCUUGUGGUUGUGACAUUGGAGGGGACUGUGAAUGUAUGUGCGAUGCCAUUGCAGUAUAUGCCAUGGCAUGCUUAGAUAAAGGUAUCUGCAUUGACUGGAGGACCCCUGAGUUCUGUCCUGUCUACUGUGAGUAUUACAAUUCUCACAAAAAAACAGGAAGUGGUGAUGCUUAUUCCUAUGGCUACAACAAUGACAACUGCACCUGGCAUUACAGGCCUUGUAAUUGUCCAAAUCAAAACUACAAAUAUGUCAACAUUGAAGGCUGUUACAACUGCUCUCAUGAUGAAUACUUCGACCACGAGAAGGAAAGAUGCAUGCCAUGUGUAACAACAGUGCAGCCUAAAGUAACAAGGAGCUCUACCACAAGUACCCUAUCAACAGUACCUAGUAUUUCUUCUGCAGCUACUGUAUCAACUGAGACUACAAAUCCAACAAUAACAUCAAAAAUCACAGUUCCAAGACCUUCAUCAGCAUCACCUCUUGUCACAAGAAAGUCAACAACUGCUCGUGGUGACUCACAAUAA